AGAAGGCCUCAGCGUUUGGUAAUAAGACCUGAGAAUAAACCCUGGCUUCGCGGCUCUUUACCCAGUAGCGAAACGAUUUUCCUAAGCGUCAUCUUGGCACUUUCCGGAUACCUUGGUAUGAAAAUUUUCAACGAGUUAGUAUUUAACUUUUCUGAACUGAAGCACCUAUUUAUUCUUUUUCCUGGGAUCCAGUCCUAAAGCAAGGAGAAUCGCAAGUAUAAGGCCCCUCCAAUACAAUAAGUAUUCAUGAAGUCUACUCCAUGUUGUCUACUGAGAAAAGGUAUAUGCAACGUCAAUAAAAUGAGGAAAAAAAAAACAAAGGAAAGGCUACAAGGAAAUGUUUGGAAAUAAGAGAUUUGUACCAAAAGGUGUUUGGCAAAUUAAUGAGGCAAUAAAGGUAGAAGGGGUUUUGUGCAUUCGAUUCAAAGAGUAUGUGCUUUUCUACUAGACAGUGAAAAGAGGAAAUAGAUAUUAAACCAGACUUGAGUCUCAUUCUCGAGUUGGUAACCAGGCAUAUGGUUAAUUAAUACCCUCAGAAAUUGAGGCAAAAGUUCUGUGAGAGCAUAACCUUCAAAAAAAACCAAACUGGGGUGGGGGACUCCGGAAACAUUUCGUUGGUCUCGAAGACCUCUUAGUCUGCAGGAAGAGAAGACAAGGUCUCAAACAAGAGGCCCGGGGCAUUGAUCCUACACACAAAAUAAAGGGUGGAACAAUAAACAGCUGGAAGCCUGGUCUUUAGGACCCGGCUAGCGACACCCGAGUGGGGUACGUCGCAGAGCAUGCUGGGGAUUGUAGUCGGGGACAUCCCGUCGCACCGCUCACCAACCUAGCUCCGAAGGAGCCUCAAUGGGGGGGCCGCAGCUCAACCGCCGCCUCCCGCUGGAGACCCGGCCGGAGAUAAGGCUGGCUCCACCUUUGCAGAGUUUCGGAGUUUCCUAGAGCAACGAGGAGGGGGAGGGAGACUUCACAGUUACCCUGGAGACGCGCUCCCGCCCGCCCCUAGCUGCGGGAUGCCCUAGAUGUCCUUAUUAGGACAAGAGACUGAAGGGGGCGGGGCCAAUCCGAAGGCCGGCGACAGGCUCCUUAUAAGGCAGCGUCGGGCGGGAGGCGGGAGUGUGGAGCGUGAUAGCGGGUGAAAGAUCGGGGAUGGGCGGGGCUUGAAAGGGCGAGCCUGGAGCCUUGGCGCUCGCCUCUCCGCUCCGUUCCGCUCCGGUUCGGCCCCCGAUCUGCAUCUCUCUACUUCCGGAACAACCCCUGACGGCUGCUCUAACUCACUGAGUAGACUCGGGCUCAACUGGGACCCCUGUGGAUAGUUUCCAUCUUAACCUCCGAGGGUCCCCCACCUCCAACGAGUCACAAAAACGUAAGGCGAGCGCGGAGAAAAGGAAAACGAGCCAGGUUGUCUACACGGUCCUCCGCUAUAGCGAGACUGAAAUCACCUCGGCACGCGCCGCCCCAGCCAGACCUCCCAGCCACAGGGGGCGCUGUCCACAUUGUCCCCCUCCUUCCCUGCACAAAGAGGACAACCCCUCGCUCUGGAAUCUGUGGUGUUCGAAUCCCGUCUCCAGAACUAGAAGCAUCUCAGUCCUACCGGCGUGAGGCGCCAGAGGAACCGCCCUGCGGCUCAUGGCAGCGCCCGUCCGGCUGGGCCGGAAACGCCCGCUGCCUGUUUGCCCUAACCCUCUCUUCGUACGCUGGCUAACCGAGUGGCGGGACGAGGCAGCCAGCAGAGGGCGCCGCACGCAAUUUGUGUUUCAGAAGGCGCUACGCUCCCUCCGGCGGUAUCCACUGCCCCUGCGCAGCGGCAAGGAAGCUAAGAUCCUCCAGCACUUCGGAGACGGGCUUUGCCGUAUGUUGGACCGGCGACUGCAGCAGCACAAAGCAUCAGCUGGUGACCAUGCCCCGUAUUCACCGUCCGGAACCAAGAGCCCAGCCCGGGAAAGGCCACCUGCUGAAGUCCAGGACUCUUCCAUACCAGUCCCAACCCAGCUUAAAGUAGGAGGGCCUGGCAGCUAUUGGCCAACUCGGCACUCGGGAGCACGUGCAGUCCUGCUGCAGCUGUACAGGGAGCACCUGAAUCCUAGCGGCCAGGGCUUCCUCACCAAGGAGGAGCUGUUGCAGAGGUGUGCCCCAAAGGUUCCCAGGGUGGCCUCUGGAAGUGCUCGCCCCUGGCCAGCCCUCCGUUCCCUCCUCCACAGGAACCUGGUCCUCAGGACACACCAGCCAGCUAGGUACUCACUGACCCCGCAGGGUCUGGAGCUGGCCCAGAAGCUGGCUGACUCAGAGGGCCUGAGCUUGCUGAAUGUGGGCAGCGGGCCGGAGGAGCCCCCUGGGGAGGAGCCUGAAGUGCCAGAAGCGGCUUCCGCUGAGCUUGGUGCCAGUGAAGGGAGCGCCCAACAGCCCCCGCUGGAGCUGGGGCCUGGAGAGUACAGGGUGGUGUUGUGUGUGGACGUCGGCGAGACCAAGGGGGCAGGCCACAGGCCAGACCUGCUCCGAGAGCUGCAGCGGCUGCACGUGACACACAUGGUACGCAAGCUGCACGUCGGGGACUUCGUGUGGGUGGCCCAAGAGACCAGUCCCAGAGACCCAGCACGACCUGCAGAGCUAGUCCUGGACCACAUCGUGGAGCGAAAGCGGCUGGAUGACCUGUGCAGCAGCAUCAUCGACGGCCGCUUCCGGGAGCAGAAGUUCCGGCUGAAGCGCUGUGGCCUGGGGCGCCGAGUGUACCUGGUGGAGGAGCAUGGUUCGGCGCGCAGCCUCAGCCUCCCUGAGAGUACACUGCUGCAGGCUGUCACCAACACCCAGGUCAUCGACGGCUUCUUUGUGAAGCGCACAGCAGACAUUAAGGAGUCGGCUGCCUACCUGGCCCUGUUGACGCGGGGCCUGCAGAGGCUCUACCAGGGUCACACCCUCCGCAGCCGCCCCUGGGGCACCUCUGGGGACCCUGAAUCAAAGGCCGGGCCCUCCCCAAACCCGCUCUGCUCGCUCCUCACCUUCAGCGACUUCAACGCGGGAGCCAUGAAGAACAAGGCCCAGUCUGUGCGGGAUGUGUUUGCCAGGCAGCUCAUGCAGGUGCGUGGGGUGAGCGGGGAGAAGGCAGCAGCCCUGGUGGCCCGGUACAGCAGCCCUGCCAGCUUACUGGCCGCCUAUGAUGCCUGUGCCACCCCGAAGGAACAGGAAAUGCUACUGAGCACCAUCAAGUGUGGGCCGCUGCAGAGGAAUCUGGGGCCCGUUCUGAGCAGGACCUUGUCACAGCUCUACUGCAGCUGUGGCCCUCUGACAUGAGCUAUGUAUGCCACAAGACAGACCCCCAUCUUCCCAGACCACCCAGUCUUUUAAGCAGAAUCUUUGGACUACAGUAAAUCUUAAGUGUUUGCAUUUCUACGUGUUAGAAGGGGAAUACCAGGCCCCAGGGGUCUUGAAAAAUAUCCAGGAACUGGGGAGACUGUCAAGUCCAGUUUUUAAAACUGAGCUCCUUGGGACCCUUGGGGUUCCCUUUCAGAGCACUGCUAGGGAAACAGAGUCAGGGAGGCAUUGCAACGUUGAAUCGAGUUCAUGUCAUCAGAGUUCUCUGAUCAAAUAAAAUUUCCUUUGAUGAGAA